AUGGGAAUGGUCGAAUCGCGCCGGGAAUUCAUCGGCAGGAUGGAGAUAGAGCGUACGCUACAGAGAAAAGUAUCAGCUGACGAGACGAAUAUCAGAAACUGUUGGAGACUCCCGACCCCACAUUCUAAGCUCAUUGAGAAGCUCCUCCUCAACUCCUCCUGCAAAGUGACGACGGCAGAUAAUGGGCUCAGAGCAUUGGAGUUGCUGGGCUUGAAGGAUGACCAGCCCAACUGUUCGGCAACGGGUUCAAAGGUAAAUAUGAUCAUCACGGAUUAUUGCAUUCCCGGAAUGACCGGUUACGAGCUACGCAAAAAGACCAAGGGUUCAUCGAUUCUAAAGGAGAUUCCAGUUGUAAUCAUGUCAUCCGAGAACGUCCCAACUCGUAUCCACAAGUGUUUGGAGGAAGGAGCUCAGAUGUUCAUACUGAAGCCUCUGAAGCAGUCAGAUGUGAAGAAGCUGAGAUGCCUUAUCUACUGA